GUAAGCAUGAGGAAGAGAUGGAGUUGGACGAGAUAGGAAUUAACAUAAAGAUGCGCGUUCCGGCCAUACCGCUGCUCUUGCUCCUCCUCUGUAUCCGUUCCUGAGACAAGCCUACUUCCCAGUCCCUGUUGCACCUGCAAGCUUGGUCACGCACUCUUCGGACAGUCAGGAUGAAGCUGCUCGCUCUUCCUCUCGUUGCGUCGCUGCUUGCGACUAGUUCGGCCUUGCCCGUGCUUGAAGACCGAGGACCUGCGGCGGUCACUACGUCGGAGUUCUCCGACUUCAAGUACUACGCCCAGUACGCAGCAGCGGCAUACUGUAACAGCGGGAAUGCCAUUGGUCAAGUCAUCUCCUGCUCCCAGAGUGCAUGCCCUACGGUCGCGGCCAACCGUGCCGUAACGGCUAGCACAUUCAAGGGCAGCUUGACAGAUAUCCGCGGCAUGGUCGCAGUUGACUCGAAGGCCUCUGCCAUCGUUGUCUCCUUCCGGGGCAGCACCUCCAUCCUCAACUGGAUCGCCAACCUCCAAUUCCUGCAAACCCGCUGCGACCUAGUCAACGACUGCUACGUGCACACCGGCUUCAUGACCGCCUGGCAGGAGACAUCAGCAGCGGUUCUCGCCUCGGUCAAGUCCGCGCGGGCGGCAAACCCGUCCUACCGCGUCGUGGCCACGGGCCACAGCCUAGGCGGCGCGGUGGCCACGCUAGCGGCGGCGUACCUGCGCCGGUCGGGAAUCCCCACGGACCUGUACACGUACGGCUCGCCGCGCGUCGGCAACCCAGCGUUCGCCAGCUUCGUGACAGCGCAGGCGGGCGCCGAGUGGCGGGUCACGCACGGCGCGGACCCCGUGCCGCGCCUGCCGCCCGCGGCCUGGGGGUACCAGCACACGGUGCCCGAGUACUGGCUGGGCACGGGCGGGCCCAUGACCACCAACUAUGCCGCGGGGGACGUCAAGCUGUGCCAGGGCCUCGUGGAUGCUGGGUGUAAUGCCGGCACGCUGGGGCUGGACAUCAUCGCGCAUCUGUUCUACCUCGGUGAUACGACGGCGUGCAAUAACCUACUCGGCCGCGGCGAGGGUGGUAUCAGUGACGAGGAGCUGGAGGCAAGGGUGAAUGCGUAUGCCAAGAUGGACCUCGAGUAUGCCGCCGGCCUGAGGAAUGGGUCGGUCGCAGCAGCAGCGACGGCAUAGGGCCGGAAGGCCGAAGGCUGGCUUAGGGAAAACUGGAAGUUAGUGUUUAUGGUCUGAUCUUGUGUGGGCCUGUCUGUCUGUAGAUGCAAUUCGGUACUCAUCCGAGCGUUUGUGGAUAUGGUAGAAAAGGACUGGAGAGGUGGUUCCUCGUGACUGGAACAGGGACCUUGACACAUGAUAGCUCGCAUGGAUGCACGGGAAAUUACUUCAGAAUGUUUCAUUGCCAUGCCGUGCAUUAAUCAGUGGAAAUAGAAGCUGCUCAACAGCCAGUCCGCACGAUCGUAUCAUAGUCCCUGUGGUAUCUCUCGUUAUUUCCCCAGCCAGGACGAUAGCUCGUAGCCCUAACUCCUGUGCCACCUUUCCCCCUUGCCUCAGAAAAAAA